UGCUAUUUUCAAUCAGCACCGGUUUUCUGCUCACAACAGAUGAUCCCUCAAAAAAUGUGAUAUUUCUCCUCACCAAUGGUUGGUCAAAGUUGAUAGUCUAUUUUAAUAUAAAUAACCCGAUCUAAUUAGUGUUGAUACUCUAGGUUCUCGUCUGGUGAAAAAUUGACUAAUUAUGGACAUCAGAGGAAAGCCGGAUAAUUCAGCUAACAGUGGAGGUGGCUCUGGUGGUGGUCCUUCCAAUCGAAGAGGGAAAGAUAAUUCGAUAGGUGAAAUUUACGAGCCAAGAAAAGAAGGUCGAAGUCGUCGUGAAGAGAAGAGAGAGGAAAGAAGACGACGAGAACGAAGUAAUGAUCAUAAUCAUAAUCAUCAUCAUCACCAUCAUCACCACCACCAUCAUCAUCAUCGGCGGUCAUCAGCUUCACCGCCUUUAUCACCUCGUGUUACUAUUCUUAAACAUUCGGAGACAUCUUUUUCAAAAAGCAAUUCAAGUCUCCAUAAUCAGCAGUCAAAUACUGUGACAUCAACCCCUCUUACCUCUGGUCCAUCAACUCCGGUCCAUUUGAUACAUUCCCAGAAUCACCAACAAGUGACUCAACAUCAGUCAGUAUCAACACUUUCCCAAGGUGGUAACAGUUUGAACCAAAAUGCUGAAGAAACGAUGACCGAUAUGAUAGAUGGUACUCCAAUCAUCAUGAAAAUCAUCGAUACUGAUACUUGGUCAUUUCUUGAACAUCCUGCCGCUGAUUUUCUUUUUGGCGACGCACAAUCUUCAGGUUCUGGUGGGUUUACUGUAGUCAGUGCCGUAGGAAUGCAAAGUGUUGGUAAAUCGUCAUUGCUCAAUCGAAUUGCGAGAGCAAAUGUUUUCAAAACUCAUAAAGAUCCUAACAAUUUGGAUAAUUUAUUGAGACAUAUUACUCGCGGUGUUGAUCUCCAUGUUACACAGGAGAGAUUUCUUCUAUUAGAUUCUCAGCCAUUAAUGAGUGCCUCUUGUUUAGACGAAUAUAUUAAAAAUGGUUCUGGAGUUUCAAAUUCUAUCCCAGACUCGUCUGAACCCGAAACAAAUGUUUUCAUAACAUCUUUGCAAUUGUUAUGCUUUCUUUUGGCUGUCUCAGAUUAUGUUAUUAUUGUAAACGAUUGGACUAUUGAUAUUAAUUUGAUCAAAUUAAUAGCGACGGCAAUGAUGAUGGUGGGAAAUGAUACAAAUCAAGCUGAGCUUAUAUUCCAAAUACCUGAGAUAAAAAGUGACGAAGAGAAGCAAAAUUUACUUGUAUCAUUGCGAUCGUUUCUAGGAAGCGAAUGUUUUAAUGUUAAAGAAAUUAUCGACGAAAAUGACGCAACACCUAAUUUGGUCAAGUUAUUAUCCCGCCCGACAAUCCAUGAUGAUGAACGAGGUACUUCACGCACAUGUGAAAAAUCAUGGCUAAUCAAUGCGCAAAGAUAUUGGGAGAACUCGAUUCGUAAAUCAACAAUAUUCUCCGAUUAUGCUCGACUUAUGCUCUGAGUAUCGCUUUUUGGUUUGGACUUAUCAUCCCAUUGGAAACGAAUUGAACAAUUUAAAGUUACUUUUGCAAAAACGAGAAUUGGUAUUGCUAUAUCAUCAUCAUCCUCUGUCUUCAUCAUGUUCAUCGUCAUCAACGACCACAUCAUCUCACAAUCAUCUUUCUACCUGUUCAUUUCUAAACGUUUUUCCUAUCAAUUAGUCUAUAGCUUUUUUUUAUCAAAACCAUUAUUUCUUUUGUUUUAACCAUUCAACCAAUUGUUCGUUCUUUAACUGUUUUUAUAUAUUUAUAUAUAAUUAUUAUCUCGUUGCUGAUUUCCUCAUCUUUGGUUAUUUAGCUUUCUGAUUGCCCGUACAAACAUCAUAAAGCUAUUUAACCAAAUUUGAGGACCCAGCUUGACCUCAUCAUCUUAAAUCACCAUAUUUUAAUAACUGCCUGGUCAUGAUUAUACCAACCUUUAAAUUGUUCAAUUCGUUUCCAAUGGGAUGAUAAGUCCAAACCAAAAAGCGAUACCUUAAAUAAAGUUGGAAGUUGUAUCAGAAGCAAUUCUUAUCUAUUGAAAUGUGCCUCUUUCUUGUCUGCCCAUGGUUUGAAAAGUUGAAUCAAUGUGAAUAAUUAUUCAAAGCGAAUUGGUCCAAGUUUAAUGCAACUAAACUUUGCUUCAUAUUACACUAAUUUAAUUUACGGUGGUGUUUUAACAUCAAGAAAGAGUUGCACCAUCAAAGAUUGUUAAUCUUUUGCUAUAACUUGAAAAUGCUCAAUGCUUCUAAACUAACUGUAUCUAUGACUUUGUCUAUGACUAUGCUUCUCAAAAAAGGCUAAAGGAAACUAAGAGACGAUUAAAGUUGAACAAGGAAUGGAUAUGGAAAGGAUAUGAAUGCAAUAAGAUGAUAAAGCCAAUGAAGAGAAAUAUUAACCGUAUUGAUUCUUCGGCUUUUUAAAGUUAACAGUGCAAACAAUAUUAAUAUAAUGCGUCUCAUCAUUUGCACAACUUCUCUCCAUCAAGCCUCCUUGAUUCUAGUUGGUCUUGAUGGCUUAAAUUGAUAGAUGAAAUCAAAUUAGAUUAGCUUUAUUAAAAUGAUUUCGAUGAA